AUACCAAUCAUAGGAGUAGCCAUGAAGUUAAUGGUGAUCUGCAUAGUUGUCUACCUGAGCCUAUGCGUGGGUCUACUUCCUCAGUGUACCACAGGAUCACCUACCUCGGGGAUCAAGCCUUUCCCGAAGGAAUGCAUUUUCGUCAGUGAUACCUUUAUAGAUUGUCGCCAUCGGGACCUGAGGACCAUACCUUCUGGUUUUCCAGAGACCGUCGAGACCCUUCUCCUCUCCUACAACUCCAUCCAUGUCAUCACGAACGAAUCGUUCCACGGCCUUGUAAACUUAGUCACCCUGGAGCUCCACCACAACAGCAUCUCCAAGCUUCGAUCAGAUUUUUUCGAAGACCAGACGAAGCUGCAGUACCUUUCGCUGAGUCAUAACCAGAUUGGAGAUAAACUUCCAGACGAUGCCUUCAAGCAUUUACGUGCUCUAGAGGUCCUUGAUCUAUCGUACAUGAACCACGGUUUUACUGUAUUGCCUCUAGCUCUGCAGGAGUUGAUCCAUUUGCGCUCGCUAAAUGUUUCAUCAAAUCGCCUGCAGUCUGCAAGUUUCACACCCGGCGUUGCCUUUCCUGCUCUUCUGGAAUUACGUCUUGGAAAAAACCAAAUCGAAUCAUUACAGAAUGAAGAUUUCGAGGCAUUGCUGAAUUGUAACCUUGACUUUCUAGAUCUGACCGAAAAUCAGAUUUCAGCUAUCGAUAGUGGUGUUUUUCACCCUAUAGCGUCGAUUGCUGAACUUGAUUUCUCAAAGGGACUUCACCCUGCUGCAAUACCCUCUUUAGCGGAAGCUCUUACAGACUACCAAGUCAAUGCUCUCUACCUCAGGGAGAUUGGGCUUGAAAUAUGGAACAGCAACAACUUCAAGAACUUGCGCAAUUCGUCACUUGAAAAGCUUGACAUUUCGUUUAAUAAUAUCACCACUUUGGAUUCAGGAUUUUCAGGACUCUCGAAAAUUUCAUCUCUGAUUAUUCAGAGCAGUCAUGUGGCUCACAUUAGCAAUACAGCAUUUUCCGGUCUUCAACUUGUAGUAACCCUUGAUCUUAGUGGCAAUGAUAUCGCAACUAUUACCGAUGGAAUGUUUUCUUCUCUAUCCAACACGAGACUUAAGACACUCUACUUAGACAGCAACAAGAUAAAACGUAUUGAUGCUUCAGGAGGAUUUAGUGGCCUUUCUAAUCUCCACUACCUGAAAAUUUCGAAAAAUAAGAUUGAACAAAACUUCAUUGGUGAUGAAUUCAAAGACCUUGAUUCGCUAGAAGUUCUCGAUAUGGGAGUCAACCGUAAUAUUUCGUUAUCACCCGAUGCUUUUCGACUAUUAAAAAAUCUCCAAACACUGUAUCUCAAUCUAGCCAACCUGAAAAAUAUAACUGUUGUACCCUCUCCUUUUGAUAAAUUAUCCAGCCUUACGAAACUUGAUUUAAGCAACAACAACAUGGCUGCACUUCACAAGGACACUCUUUCUAAUUUGUCCUACCUCGAGACGGUAUACCUCCAACACAAUAACCUUUACAACAUGUGGAAUGAGACUGUUUAUGUUCCAUUCUUGAAAUACCUUCGACGGCUCAAACACUUGAAUCUGUGUUUCAACGGAUUUCAAAAUAUCCCGAAUGAUUCCUUGAGUAGUCUGCACGAACUUGAAACCCUUCUCCUGUGUCACAACAAGAUAUCACAACUCCAGGAUGGCGUCUUAGAUGGCCUGCCACUGACUACGUUGGACCUUGGGUACAACGAGAUUAACCUUAUAAACCAGACGCUCAUCGAACCCUUACAAGGAUCACUUCAGAUCCUGGCAGUCUCAGGAAAUCCUUUUUCCUGCGGGUGUAAUCUUCAGUGGUUCAGGAAUUGGCUCGAUGUGACAAAGGUUCAUGUCAAUGACAGCAGCCACAUGAAAUGCGCGUCGCCACCGGAGAUGCGGGGGAAACUCGUCAUGGACUUCCAUCCCGAACGUCUCAACUGUGACCAUCUCCUACCGUUUUACAUCUGGAUCAUCAUCGGCGUCGGGUCGGGAAUGGUCUUCGUCAUCGUCGGUCUGUCCGUAAAGUUCAGGUUCCACAUCAACUACUGCUGGAACCUGGUCAAUGCAAGGAGGAGAAAGUAUCAGCGUAUCAAAGGAGAGGAUCGGCCAUUCCUGUAUGAUGCUUUUGUAUCUUUCAGCAACAAGGAUGAGGAUUGGGUCAAAAAUGAACUGGUUCAAAAUCUAGAAGGUGAAUAUGGCUUCCGGUUGUGUAUCCACGAUCGUGACUUCAUCUUGGGCAGGAAGAUCCUCGACAGCAUCGUCGAGGCCGUUGAUAGCAGCCGUUUCACCCUCUGCAUCAUGUCGACCAACUACCUCGACAGCCACUGGUGCAAGAUGGAACGGGAGUUCGCGAUGGCCAACUUGAUCGACCGCGAUGUCCUCAUCAUCAUCGCCCUCGGUGAGAUCCCCGAGAAGAAAAUCACCAAGUACUACAAGCUGCACAGGCUGAUGAUGAAGCGGACGUACCUGGCGUGGCCCGACGAACCGGGCGUCAGAAGAAACGAUUUCUGGGUGAAGCUACGUACCGUGCUGAGGGAGCCGGAAUUACGCGUCAAUAAUAACGUCAGCAUAUAGCGACGUCUGUAAACAUUCUUAAUAAUCCAAGUAGACUUGAUCAUGUCCUUAUUAGAAAAUAAAAACACUUGUCAGCUGGACUUACUCUAUCUUCUUCUUUUUCUUUGCAAUGUGUCACUUCUUCUUUAGCCCGAAUGAUCUUUGACGACAAAUUGUUGGUUACUUCUUCUUUUUCUUUGCAAUGUGUCACUUCUUCUUUAGCCCGAAUGAUCUUUGACGACAAAUUGUUGGUUACCCACAAGAGGUCGGAUCAUUCAGAAAGCGCCGAGGAAUCUUCCAAAUUUUCCCAUUUUUGAACUGCGGCUGGAAGCGUCGCACUUUGGAAAAAAAAAGUCCAGCUCACAACUUCUUUUUUAUUCAUUGUCACUUUGUAGGCGUACAUGGUCAGCACAUAUCAGAGUAAUUACAAUGUAUAUUUCGGUCCGCGUGCUUAUUAAUCAUUGUUUUGGUGGCCCAGACAUGGAGAAGUGUGUGCAUUGCUUAUCAAUUAUUGUUUUAGUGGCCCAGACAUGGAGAAGUGUGUGCGCAGCGCUUUGUAACCGAAAGUAAAGGCGCUAUAUCAAAUGACAUUAGGAUUGGAUUGGAUUGUGCUUACAAGCCGUCCUGUUGCUGCACUGGCAUCGCUUUUUGGCGCCAUCAAUCAUCUGUUAAAUUCACAUUAAUCCACAAAAAUCAGUGCCGAUAUUGAGUUAUUAUUGUCUUUUUUCAUGAUAAUCGUAAAGGGGGUUAGAGAAAAGUGUAGACCUACCACCUAGUUCACGUAUUGACAAAUCGGAUGAAGUUUCCCCAUUCAAGAUGUUACCAUUGAGCCAAGAUUUCUAACCGAAGAAAUAUUUGAGGGGAUAUACCUGUUAAAUUCAAAUGGAAUUUCAUAUGAACGCUGUCAUCCGGGAGAGGGGGUGGGGAGAGAAAAGUGGAAAUGAUUUUAAAAUGUUCCAUAUAAUAGAUUCGGCAUUUCUAUAAGCACGCAGAAAUCAAAGGUGACUCGUGUCACGUUAAGCAGGUCUAACCAUAUUUCUGCUACUAAUCAUUAUUAUUUAUAAGGAAAUAGCAUUUUAGUGCAAUAUGUAAUUUAAGCAUCAUCUCUCGUGAGCUUGUUGAUUUCAUAUUCUUGUCACAUCAUUAUUUGGUUUUCAAUUCUAAAGUAUUGAAAAUCUCUUCCUCUAUCCCUCGGAAACGACAUACUCGUGAAAUGAAGUUACAUUUUGUAUUAUGUUGUACGUAAUAUUUAGAGCCCAAAUACAUUUUUUUUUAAUUCUCAAUAAGACACAAUUUUUCAUUCUUAGCACCGAUUUAAACAACACUGCCAGCUUAUGUACAUUUUUAAUGCAAUAUUUCUAUUAGAAUAGUCAUAUUUAUUGUGUGUUAUUUGUGAUAUGUACUAUUUCGGGUCUUGUGGAGUAUACGACCCCUUUUCAAAUCUGACGCUGAAUCCUGAUGAGUUUUAAGCACGAACUCACUACAUGCACCCGCCCGUCAUACCAACCCUGUGUAUCAAAACAUAGGUUUCCGGUGUCAGCUCAUUCUCUUCUGGGGCUUAGUGGGGUUUACCCCACCCCCUUCUUUUAAGUGCAAGUUUUAACUUAUUUUUCAUUAUAAAUGUAAUCAUUACAAUGCCUUGGCUAGUUUUUAUUAUAAAUGUUAUAUGACAUUACCUUCAACCUUGAUGUUAUAGAGCUUAUCUGGUCCCCAAUCAUGAUGCCACUCCAUUCAUAGUAAGACGAUCUCACUCCUUUUUUAGUGUGAUUUGAAUAUUUUGAGUGUGGAUUUUACCUCUUUUUUUUGGGGGGGGGGGGCAAAAGUGUUUAAAAAGAUGCACAAUUCACUCCAAAAGGAGUGUUCCCAGGUAUCACAUGACCUAUAGUACAAGAACCUUGUUGGUUUUAGAUUUUUGUCUAGAGUUCAUCGGUGAUAUACCCAGCGGCAGAUCAAGAAUUUACCAGCAAGUGAUGGGGUACAAUUAAAUCGCGCCAACUUUUUAAGAAACUUUGUGAUAAGCAAGAAAAAAAAUAUUAUUUCGAUUUCAAUUUCAUCAUGGGUUAUGAUUGGAGUGAAGAACCUUUUUGCCUUUAUUUUUUAAAACUUUUUUUUCUAUUAUCUUGAAAAAGGAAAUCAAAUUCCCCCUGAAUCCGCGGGUUAUUUCACUGGCGGAUCCGGGGGGGGCAGCCGGCCCGUGCCCCCCCCCCCCUUGAGACCCAUAAUCCAAAUUUGUAAUAUUAAAAUACCGUGUUUACCCAAGUGUGCGCCCCUCCCCCUUGAAAGUGAGGACUUUUUUUUUUUUGCUUGUCAAGUUUUCCACGGACGAAAUGACCUUCAAUUUUAGUGGAAAACCUUUUUUUUUCAUCGGGAAAUUGUGCCCCCUCCACUUUUGAAAAUCCCGAAUCCGCCCCUGGGUUACUUCACAAAAGGAAGUAUUCGCAAACACUACGCAGGCGCUAUCUAUUAGGCAGAGAAUCUUUUGAUUCUGGAUACUAUUGUUCGUCUGGUCUGAAGCUUCGGAUGAUCUGCUGUCCCGCGACGGUCCACCAACUUGUGACAAAAACCUCUCACCUGUCCAUUGUGAUUUUGACUUGCAUUUUCAAAGGAAUUGAUGCGUUGUAGAAUGCGUCUGCGUAGUGGGUGCAAAGACCGGCAAAGGCUCACUGACGAUGCACUCGCGUACUUUCUUUUAGAUUUGAAAUCACUGGAUUUGUCACGUUGAUUAAAGCAAUCAAUCAAAAUA